CUGGCUUAGUAUGUGCGGCUCCCCUUGACGGCCUCGAUAAGCCCCAUCCUUAUCGGCGGGUUUUUCCGAGUUAAGCAACUCGAGUGAGGUCAUGUCCGCUUCCCUGCCAAACCUCGAACCUCUUUCACUACAAACCUCGAAGCGAAAACCUACUCCUGUGAGUGACCGCAGUGCUGGCCUCUGCUGGUGAUUGCACUCGGUCUCUCUCCUAUUUCGCUUCUUCAAAUGUCGUGAGGCCUGCGUGCAUCUUGCGACGGGACCCGCGCCCCUCGUUCUUUCUGGUCACCUGCACUCUCUCGUUCUUGAUGAGCCUCAGCCUCGACGACCAUCUUUCAUUCGUCGACCCUUUAUACUUUCCUCUUCGUCCUACCUUGAUCAUUGCGACUAUCCUCCACCCCUCCCCUUAUUAAAAUUCCUCUCUGCCGCGCCAUCAUGGAGCCACACGCGGCGAUGCUUCUAAACCCCAAAGGUUAUAAAAAGCAGAGUCAAGGCAAUGGCAUCGGACAGUCAACACCCACUCGAGUUGCCCAUGGAACUGCCCCCCAGAUUUCGCCUAUAGCACCCCCAGGCACGGUCCCCAUAAUGCGCUUUCAAGCAAACCAGCCCGUGAAUGAGGACGUCACUGUCCAAUUCACCAACACCCGCGACGGUGACGAGAGUGACACUAAGCGCAACUACCAUGAGAUCAGUGACAACGACGAUACCAGGCCUCGGUCACGCAAUCUCAUCGAAAAUGUCUAUGAUGUUGAGCAGCGCAGACACUCGUAUCAGCCGGCGAAGAAAGUGAAAUUGGAUGGUACAGUCACCCCAGGCAGCAUGACGAACCAGCCCGUGACUGCUGGGGAUAACGGCCUUGGACAGUGGAUGAAGGAGGGCGAAUCCAAGGCAACUUCGACCUCAACAUCAACCCCGUCCAAUUCUGAUGUGGUGGAUUUGACUGCAGAUCUUCCCAAGGCCGCUGAAGAGGACGAUGUGCAGGUCACUGGAUCGAACGAUCUCAGCAAUCAGCGGGUAUGUUAUGGAAAGGUGGAAAAUGCGAUGGUCAACGCAUAUCUCGUGCCCAAGCCCCGCGCAAAUGCUUUACUCGGACUGGAAUCACUACAAUGGUCUUCAAUGAAGCUGGAUUUGGUACGAGAGACACGCAAAGGUGAUCAUCGCAUCGACGUCAAAGACCCCUUUGGCAAGUUGUUCGCAACUCUCGACGCAAAGACUGCUAUAGCGCUGUGCCCUUUGCUUGACACACCGGCCUUGGGUAUUGACGUUACUGCCCGGUUGGAUAUGCGUAAGAAGGUUGCCGGCGAGGAAGUCUGGCAGCCAACUCAUGGACUAUACAGAGCAUCAAUCACCAUCUACGGUCCACGAAAGCAUGUGGAGAUGAUUGGAAAGUUCCUGGGCCAACGGAACGUCUGGCUGGGUACCCCAGUAUUUGUGGAGAACGGGGUCCCCGUCUUCAACCCGCAUGCCGAGCAAAGGCGAGCAAUGGUCGCCGCAGCCGCGGUGAAUAAUGGCAACCGCCCAGUGUCCAACAUCCGUUACGAAGUCCGGACGACAGAGGAGGUGGCAGAUUCCGUAAUGAAGAUGUUUGACAAACUUGUCAGCAUGAACAUACCUAAGCUGGAACCGCCAGCUACAGUUAUCACACCUCUUCUGGACCACCAGAAGCAAGCACUUUGGUUCAUGAAGGAGAAGGAAGCUCCGCGUAAGUAUGGCGACAAGGAAGAGGACCAUAACUCUUUAUGGCGCAAGGUUCUUCAAAAUGGCCGCACCAAGUACCGGGACAUCAUCAGCGGAGUCAUUUGUGACGAAGAGCCGGAUCAGACUUACGGUGGGCUUUUGGCCGAUGUGAUGGGCCUGGGAAAGACUUUGAGCAUACUUUCAUUGGUGUUGUCUACGCUUGAAGAGGCCACCGAUUGGUCUCGGAAGAUGCCUGAUCGCCAACUCGUUCGGAGCAUUCCAGGUGUCCGCAACACUCGGACUACGCUUCUGGUUGUGCCGCUGUCUACCAUUGCGAAUUGGGUCUCACAAAUUAACGAGCACGUAAAACCGGGCUCGUUGAAGUACUACAUUUUUCAUGGUGCUUCACGGAAGACCGACCUUGAGGAGCUCUCUCAAUUGGAUCUGUUGAUCACUACUUAUCCGACCAUUCACAGUGAGAUCCUCGGCAGAGGUUCCAAGCGUGGCAGUCCUUUGGCCAAAAUGAAUAUGUUCCGAAUCGUUCUGGAUGAGGCACACAAUAUUCGGGAGCUGGGAAAUCAACAGACGAAGGCAAUCAUGAGCCUCAAUUCGCAGCGUCGUUGGUCCGUCACAGGCACGCCAAUUCAAAAUCGCCUCGAAGAUCUACUCUCAGUCACCAAGUUCCUGCGACUGUUUCCCUACGAUGAUCGGGCCAGAUUUUCGCAGCAUGUCAUCAGCCCCAUGAAAACCGGAAAUGCUAAUGCGCUUGCGAGUCUGAGAGUCUUGAUUGACUCUUUCACUUUACGUCGUGUCAAGAAGAUGCUUGACUUGCCGGAGCGGACGGAGAAGAUUGUCACCUUGGAGUUCAACGAGAAGGAAGCACAGCUGCACGAGUUCUUCCGGAAUGAAUCUAAUGCUAUGAUGGGAGUCAUUGCUAAGGAGAGCAAGAAGACCAUUAGCGGCCGCAUGUACCACGUUGUACUGAAGGCGAUGAUGAUUCUACGCCAAGUCAGUGCUCAUGGCAAGGAGCUUCUGGACGUUGAAGAUCGGGAGAGAACCAAGGGAUUGAGCGUGCAGGAUGCCAUCGACCUGGAAGACAGUGAACCAGACGAUACCCAAGACGCGUUUGACAAAAAGGCUCUCCGUCAUGUUGAUCUCAUGGUCCAGUCCGGAGACACCUGCAAGAUCUGUGAUAAGCUUAUUGAGGCGCCGAUGACGGAGACUGGGGCUCAAGACAAGAAUGCACCGAUGGCUAUUUAUCUGCCCUGCCUCUGUGUUCUUUGCCCGGAUUGUUUCUCAUCCUGGAAAGCCGUGUUCGACUCGAAGCCGGACACGGAAAUCCAGUGCCAAGUCUGUAGUGGCUGGACCCGACUUCAGUACUCCACAGUUACUGCUGCUGGUCUUGACAGAUUGCAGAUCCAGCAAAAGGAAUCACGCAAGAACGGUAAGAUUCUGGGCGAGUAUGAGGGUCCGCAUACGAAGACUCUCGCUCUUAUCCAGAAUCUGCAGUCAAUCGCCGCGGAAAGCAAGACGCUGGUUGGUGAGCCACCCAUCAAAGCCGUGGUCUUCUCCUUGUGGACCUCGCAUCUGGACCUGAUCGAAAUUGCGCUGAAGCAGAAUGGCCUGGACUGUUUUACUCGACUUGACGGCACCAUGAGCUUGAAGGCUCGCAGCAAGGCACUCGAUGUAUUUGCCAAGGAUAACUCUGUCACUAUCCUCCUGGCUACCAUUGGUGCCGGAGGUGUUGGCCUGAAUUUGACGUCCGCAUCGCGCGUCUUCGUCAUGGAGCCGCAUUAUAACCCCGCGGCAGUUGCCCAGGCCGUUGAUCGUGUGCACCGCCUAGGUCAGCAUCGGGAGGUCGUAAUUAUGCAAUUUAUCAUGAAGAACAGCAUCGAGGAAAAGAUCCUUGAGCUCGCACGAAAGAAGCAACAGCUCGCUGAUAUGAGCAUGAACCGCGGCAAACUCGACAAAGGCGAAGCCCAAGAGCAGCGCAUGCGUGAAUACCGCAGCCUGUUCAAGUGAGGAUGACAUUUGUUCACGACAUCAUCGACCGUUUCAAGGUCUCCACAAUCUGGAGCCUGUGCAAGGCAUAGCCUUGACUUUGCUUGCUUUGAUUUUAUUCCAGCUAUCUAGGGGGCGGGCUACGUUUUUCGUUUUCUGGUUUCAAUUGAUACCCGGGGAAAGGAUAUCCGGAUUGAUAUUCUUAUUGGCGCUGGAUUCGUUGCAUUUUUCUUUUCUUUUCUUUUCUGCUUUCUCACAGAUGGUAUAUUCGUCUCCUCUUUUUGUUUCGCGGGCUACUGGUUCACUCAUGCGUGCGCUCUUCAAAUAGAGUGACACGCCAUUCGAUAACUAGAUCGGUCUUAUUUAGAAUGGAUGCUUCGAUGCAACACCACCUCCUUUCAUAGUGACCAUGUCAUGACUUCCUUGACAGCAGCGCUGGAUCUAACGCAAUGGAUGAAAGUAUGAGACACGCAAGACACCAAGCUGACACCCGCCGCAUUCGAGGCUGAAUCUGCUAUAUGAGCUGCAUGGGUUUCAGUUCAUCCAGCCCAGGCAGAUAUUGUAGCACGUU